UCACCAAAAAUUGUCAAAAAGUCUGUAAAUUUUGACUGAAAAAAGGCUUAAAGAGGCCUACAAUGAAGUGUAGGCCUGCAAUUAAUGGUAAUGAUAAUUGGACAGUGAUUAAAAAUGCUGUUUCUUUUUGAGCAGCAGAUCAAUAAUGCAGGACUAUGCAUUAUUUUUCUUCAGGGUUGUCAGGUCUGUUGUAUUAUAAUGCAAAUUUUUCAUGGUGUUCUAUUUUAUUUUAUUGGCCAGUUAAUAAUAGCUAAUAAAAGCCCUGGGCCAGUGAGAUUACUAGGUCUGUUUUCUUAAGUUUACACUGCAGUUGUUUAAGUAUCCUAUUGGCAAGUUCCCCAAAAUGGGAAGUGGGUCUCAAGGGGUAACAGUCUGAAUAUGUCUGCCUUAGCUGAUGGCUGUUCAACUCAUCAACUCAUCAUUUUAUUAGCAGGUCUGGACCAGGGACAGUGCUAGACUCUACCUCUCCAGGCCAUGCGGUUGAACAUCUCUGGCUUAGUACGUUUUUUCCUUACACCUUAAGGGUCUCAUUAGUCUCUUAAGGGUCUUGUUAGUCAGAAAGAACAGUGACAGUAAUUGCAAUAAUUUGUAGGCCUGUGACUGGUCGUCGCCUGUGGACUUCCUGCUCAGAAGGCUAUAUUUACUCAGCUCCUGCCACAGAGAGCACAGUUAUUGUAGGCCACUGAGGCAUAAUAGGCACUCAGCAUCCUCAGAGAGAACUAUGGAACAGAGUGCUGCUGCUCUAUCAACCUGGGGGAAAAAGCCUUCCUCUCUCUGCCACUCUGAAGAGCUUUUCAGUUCUUUCCCCCAUAGUGGCUGUUCAGACUGAGCAGCAAAUGGCGUCAGAAAGGAGGCGGGCUAUGGUAGCUCUGGUGGGCGGGCCUUUUGUAAGGCAGCGUUGCAUAAAUAAUGCCGAAGGGGUUCGAAAUUGUCUGUUGCCAUGGCGACCUUUGUGCCCGAGCGCGCUGCACGUCCUCUCCUGCUCUGCGAGGCUUUUUGCUCUCUCUCUCGCUCACCGCUCUGCUCUUGUUAAGUGGAUGUUAAAGCAGUGUGCAGGAGAGAGGCAUGUCUGUGUGCUGCUACACACACACUUGUGUUUUCUCGCCUGGAGUUUCUGGAGCGUGCCCCGUGCGCAGGAGCUGCAGUUUGAGAGACUGACCAGAGAGCUGGAAGCCGAGCGGCAGAUAGUGGCCACCCAGUUGGAACGGUGCAAACUGGGAUCUGAGACUGGGAGCGUGAGCAGCAUCAGUUCUGCUGAUGAGAAGUUUCGCUGGAACAACCAAGACGGACAAAAGGACAUAGAAGAAGAGCUCACCACUGGCCUGGAGCUGGUGGACUCCUGCAUCAGAUCCCUGCAAGAAUCUGGCAUUCUGGAUUCCCAGGAGUUUGCAGCAGGUGAAAGAGCCGGCAUCUUGUCCCAGAGUGCUUUACAGCUCAAUAACCAGGAGGGCACCUUCCCCUAUACUGCUGGUUACCAUAGCAGCCAGACCCUGGCCCUGGGAGACCCAGCGACCUCCCAACCCCUAGCACGCGGUGCUCAGGUGGGAGGAGCCGUGCACAGCUACAAUCAGGUGACAUCUAGCCGUGCAGCCCAGCUGGUGGGCAGUGACCCCGGCGCACAUGCCCAGUCCCGAGACUCACUGGCACAGAGCCAUGGCAGUGCUUUCCACUUGCCUGACACUCAGCCUUCAGUCUAUUACUCAUGUGCCACCCUGCCAGCCCAGCGUGUGAGCUCUCCGCUCUCCAUGCAGGCCCUGGGCUCACCCUCCAAACUCCAGAGGCUUGGCUCAGCCUCGGAUAUGCCCAGCUACGCCACUCUGCAGCGGGUAUCCUCACCCAAGCAGUCACCCAGUCGCCUAGCCAAAUCCUACAGCACCAGCUCGCCCAUUAACAUGGCGGCUGGAGGGGCAGCGGCCGCCUCACCUGGGCAGGGCAACGCCACGGUCUCCUCCCCCCUCCACCAGCUCAGCUCAGUUGUGGGCAGCUACGCCACACUGUCACCUGCCAAACGUUUGCUGCACUCCUCCGACCAGUACAAGAUAUCCCAUGAGCUCUAUGCCAACGCUACCCUGCAGAGGCCUGGCAGUCUUGCAGGCUCCAGGGGCUCUUACAGCAGUCAGCACAGCCACCUGGGCACCGAGCUGCGCCCCCUGCAGUCUCCUGAGCACCACAUUGAUCCCAUCUACGAGGACAGGGUCUAUCAGAAAGCACCACUGAGGAACUUCACCCAGGGUCAGGCUCCAUCCUCCCCUGGCGUCGAGCCCAUCCCCCUGCAGCGCACAGGCAGCCAGAACGCCACAGGCACCUUUCCCCGCUCCAAUUAUGCUGCCGCACCUGACUACGCCAACCCAUAUCGCACGCUGCAGUUCUGCCCCUCAACCGACUCACCCUACAGCAAAUCAGGCCCUGCACUGCCGCCCGAGGCCACGUUGGUCAGGUCACCCUCUGUGGACAGCAUCCAAAAGGACCCCAGGUACGACCCUGAAUUCCUUGUCUGGAAUCAAAAUCAAGCCGAACAAAGAAUGACAAAAGAGUUUGGCUGGAGGGAUCCUGAGCUGCCUGAAGUGAUCCAAAUGCUACAACACCAGUUCCCAUCUGUGCAGUCUAAUGCUGCAGCCUACCUGCAGCAUCUGUGCUUCGGAGACAAUAAGAUCAAAUCAGAGAUACGAAGACAGGGGGGCAUCCAGCUACUGGUAGACCUGUUGGAUCACCGGAUGAGCGAUGUGCACCGUAGCGCUUGUGGUGCUCUGAGGAACUUGGUCUAUGGCAAAGCCAAUGAUGAUAACAAGAUCGCACUGAAGAACUGCGGGGGCAUCCCAGCCCUGGUGCGCCUUCUUCGCAAAACCACAGAUGUGGAGAUCAGAGAACUGCUCACAGGCGUGCUGUGGAACUUGUCCUCGUGUGAUGCGUUGAAGAUGCCUAUAAUCCAGGAUGCACUGGCUGUGCUCACCAACACCGUGAUCAUCCCUCACUCUGGCUGGGACUCCUCCCCACACCAGGACGAGCGCAAACUGCACCUGCACUCUUCACAAGUGCUCCGCAACGCCACCGGAUGCCUCAGGAACGUGAGCUCGGCAGGAGAAGAGGCAAGACGCAGGAUGAGAGAGUGCGAGGGGCUGACGGACGCUCUGCUCUACGUCAUUCAGACUGCGCUCGGCAGCAGUGAGAUUGACAGCAAGACCGUAGAGAACUGCGUGUGUAUCUUGAGGAACCUGUCCUAUCGGCUAGCAGCAGAGACGUCCCAGGGGCAGCAGCUGGGCUCAGACGAGCUAGAUGGGGUGCUGUGCACUGACGCCAGCGGGAAGGAUGCCGAGAGCUCUGGCUGCUGGGGCAAGAAGAAGAAGAAAAAGAAGAGCCACGAUCAGUGGGAUGGCGUCGGUCCUUUUCCAGACUCCGGUGAUCCUCCGAAGGGGCUGCAGAUGCUCUGGCACCCGUCCAUAGUGAAGCCAUACCUCACGCUGCUGUCAGAAUGCUCCAACCCGGACACGCUUGAGGGGGCUGCAGGGGCUCUACAGAAUCUGGCGGCAGGCAGCUGGAAGGUAGGCCCCACCCCGAAGCCAUGGUCAGUGUAUAUCCGGGCAGCUGUAAGAAAAGAGAAAGGCCUUCCUAUCUUGGUGGAGCUGCUGAGAAUCGAUAACGACCGUGUGGUGUGUGCUGUGGCCACAGCACUCAGGAACAUGGCUUUGGAUGUGAGGAACAAAGAGCUCAUCGGCAAGUACGCCAUGAGAGACCUGGUCCACCGCCUGCCAGGAGGCAACAAUAACAGCAGUGGCGGCGGCGUGGGAAAGAGCAUGUCCGACGACACCAUCACAGCCAUCUGCUGCGCUCUUCACGAGGUCAUUACCAAGAACAUGGAAAACGCCAAAGCCUUACGUGAUGCUGGAGGCAUCGAGAAGCUUAUUGGCAUUGCACGCAGCAAAGGAGAUAAACACUCACCUAAAGUGGUGAAAGCCGCAUCUCAAGUUCUAAAUAGCAUGUGGCAGUACCGGGAUCUGCGCAGCCUGUACAAAAAGGAUGGUUAUUCGCAGUACCACUUUGUGGGCUCCUCCUCUACAAUAGAGAGAGACAGACAGAGACCUUAUUCUUCCUCUCGCACUCCAUCCAUCUCUCCCGUGCGGACCUCACCCAAUAACCGCUCAGCGAGUGCCCCCACCUCUCCACGAGAGAUGAUGAGUCUGAAGGAGAGGAAGACAGACUAUGAGUUGACUGGAACUAAUCCUGGUUACCAUGGCAACAAGGGCGAACACACCUCCAGGAAGGACACCAUGGCAGCACAAAUCUCCAGUGGAACUGCCACACUGUUCCGGGGUGCUUAUGUGUCUCCCAGUGACGACCUCAAACAUAACCAGGUGUCUGCUCAAGGUAAUCCAUCAGAGGCCUACCCUCCCUUCCAGACUCCUCCAGGAGCUAAUUUCGAGGAGAAUUAUUAUGAAGACCAAGCGCACCAACGCCCCCCGGCCACCGCAGACGGCACCCUCCACCUCGGCCUCAAGUCCACUGGCAACUAUGUGGACUUCUACUCAGCCUCUCGGCCCUACAGCGAACUCAACUAUGAGACGAGUCACUAUCCUGCCUCGCCCGACUCCUGGGUGUAGAGGCAGCGGGCAGGGCUGAGGGUUGGGGUGAAUAUGCGCAGACAGAAACCAGCCCGCAUGUGCAUGAACACUACCGGACACACACUCACACACCAACACACACCUUCAGUUUGAAUGGAUGGCACCUACUGAGCUCUUGAUUCACAGUGGUCAUUGGAGACCCUCUCACAGAGAAAAAGAAACUGAUGAUGUUCUGGAGAAAGAAAGCAAAAGGAACAUGUUUUACUAAAAAGAAAAUUGAGGUGCAGGGAUGGCCAGCAAAGCAGAAAAAUUGGGGAAGCAGUGAGGGAGAACUAUAACUGUGAUAUAGAGGAGAUGGGGACAUGAAGCACAAGAACAUGUCAUACGUCAACACAAGCUGAGGAAAUAGAUCUGACACAUUUUUAGGACAUCUGUUUGAGUUUGACCUGCUUUUUAUGGAGUGCUUUCUUCACAAGGAGAUUUUUAUCUUUUUUGUUCAUUAUCUUUAUUUUGUAUCUCCUCUUUUUAACUCUUCUUAAUUCUAGUGUAAAGUAUUUGUUGUAUAUUGCAGAUGUAGAUACAAGUUACAUUGUGUAUAUUACAGAAAAAAAGAAACUGAUGUGUCCUCCCCUGUGGCUCAUAAUAUCAUUUUUUUUUGGUAUAUCUGGAAAACAGGAGAAAGGAUACUCAUACAUUCUUUUCUGUAGGUAAGGUCAUUUUUGGCACCACAAAAAGUAGGCUUUGAUUUAAAAGUGUUGUUUACUCAAACACUACAGUGAUAUCAUAGAGCAUCAUCAUUCCAUGCACGGGGUGCUACACUGCCUGGCAAGAGUUUACUGAUUAACAUUUUUUGGCUUUAUUUUGCUCAGAUGUUUUUGUUCUAUAAAGGUUUAGUGACAGGUUGCAAUGAAACUCUGUCGUUCCACUAUGCUUCCAGUGAUCUGUGCUCUGUUUUUGUAAAAUGUGCCAAAUGUGGUUAUCCCUAAACCAGCGGAUCACCACUGUGCUGACAUUGUUUACGUUCAACACUAUCAUCACUGAUUCUGACCAUAUUAGUUUGUAAAUGCUUUUUUUUUUUUACAUUUCAAUGGCAUAUAGCCACGCACUGCGACUUGGAUAACGAUUGGAGGGACAAAGUCUUUCAGCGCUACUGUCCCUUCUAAGAUGUAUAAUUCAUUUAUGCUGUGUUGUAAAAUAGAUGACUGAGCAAAGCAGCUUUUUUAUUUCCAGAAACCAGUGGUUUUUAAGUUCAUCGUAGACUAAUCUGUCAAUAGAUUAUGAAUAUAUAUUAUAUAAAUACAAAUAUAUAUAUAUAAAUAUAUACUUUUUAUGUGCCGAUGUGGAUGUCACCUAAUGCAGCAACUUUGCAAAGGAAAAAAAAUACAUGUAGGAUUUUGUUCACGUUACUUCUGGUCUUAAAUUUCCUCCAAGCUGUUGCCCUCCUGUUGUCAUGUUGUUGCUAUGUGAAGCAGGUGAGACCAGGGCUCCAGACACCCAGAGCAAUGAUUCGGCCAGGUUUCUAACACAGAAACGGUGCUAAAACACACACACACCCACACACACACACAUCCUUGUUUGCAUCCUGGAUAAUGUGUUUGCUGUUUGAUGUCACUAUCUUUCAAAAUAUUAAAGCUGUUUUGAACGUGUUUCAUCCCUAGAGUGAAAUUGAGGCCCCUCUCACGAUGGCGUCUUCUUGUUUCUAAAAAAUCAGAAAUGCAACACUGCAAAAAUUAGCUGCUUGUCUAGACAUGCUCCUAGAAAGAAUUAUUUUCAGUCACAGUUGCCCCCUCUCCUUUUAUCUCAGGAUAUCUUAUAUUGGUUCUGUAGUGGCUCGGGGAAAGAUCCUUCCCUCAGAGAGCAGGCCAGACUGAAAGACACUGAGAGCAGCAGUCAUGGCCUCUGAUCAAGCUCUUAUUUAACCUGAAGUAGUUGAGGACGAGUUCUGAAGUGUGGCGGUAAGCCCUGGUCUUCCCUCCAUAUCAUUUUGAGCUUAGAGAUAACUGUCAGAGGCAAGGACCCAAGUGAUAAUCUCCUGAAUUUGUCUCACAUAUCUUUCAGCACUAUCAAUAGUAAACGUCGGGGAAAAAAACAUGCACAAAAUAUUUGUGGAAAAAGUAGACAUGUCUGAAGACUUGUAUUGGAAAUGUAAGUACAUUUUUCUGUUGCUAGACAAAGUGUUUGAGAGAAUUGUGAACCUUUUUAUUGCCAGAUUGCAACUGCUAUAAGAUAUAAACUGACUAUCAAAUCA